AAUCACCUUACUUCAAAAUGUCUCUACGUUUGUUUCUCCUGAUUUGCCUGGCACUUUUGGUGGUGGUCUACGCCCCUCUACCAGCAUCAGCGGCUCCCCAUGAGCUGAAUGAGUCUGCCUUGGACAAAGAUGUGGCACCAACUCCGGCUCCGACCGGUUCAGAUGGAGAAGCUAAGCCACAACAACGCACAUUCUUCCUGCUGCUGCCGCUCCUGUUUCCCGAUCAAUUCUACUUUGCUUAACAAACAAACAACACAAAAUUCAACAGACUAAAAUAAAAACUUAAUAUUUGAGCAUGCCAAA